AUGCCUUCUUUUGCCUCUGAGGUUAUUUCUUCCAACGACGACGACAACAUACAUUCCGAAAUCGAUCAGCAAAAACAAUUUUCAUAUCAUCAAAAAGAGCAUAAUAUUUGGAUUGAUCCUGUAGAGGAAGAAGAUUCUCAUUCCUCAUCAGAAGAUAAUAAGAAAAUAUUGUUAUCCAACAAUAAUAAUUUUGACAUGGAUGAGAGCAGUACACAUUCGGACCUACAUCAUCAUGAAGACGAGCGAGUUGAUCAUACCAAUGACAACUCCCAUCUAUACUCUAUAACCACCAACAAGGAACAUCAGGCCAAGAGAGGUCCACCACAAUUACAACAAAGUCGGAGAUGGUAUUCAUGGAUUUUUACAGGAGUAGCCCUUGUUUUAUUAUUAUGGGUAAUUUUAGGUUAUUUAUUUACAUUUGCUCUCCCGGUUGUGUUGUCUUCGGAUUAUUCUGCAGCUGUACGAAUACUUCAUGCUCUUUAUUUCAUCAUUUUUGCUUUCAUUUCGGCUUGCGUUUUGUAUCCCUUUUACAAGUGUAUUUAUACACAUCCUGGUUUUGUAUUUAAGGAUGAUAAAACUUGGGCUCUCACACCUCAGCAAAUUGAGUGGUAUAAGAGAAGAGGACCCAAUUUUCUUGUGGAAUUGGAACGAGAAAUUCAUCAAGUCAUGGGUUUUAGAGGUCAAUUGAGAGAAAUGAAUCUUCAAUCAGAAAAUACUGAAGACAAUCCUGUUACGUCAUCAUUGAGUGAUGCAAAUGGAGAAUCAACUCAAUCAACACACAACAAUCAGCAUGGUAAUGUAUCUCAUCAUCAUGACGAAGAAGAGGAUGUAUUAUCCUUUUCAGAUCGGCAAACAUCAGAAUUGAAUUCUCGAGGUCAAAUUCGAAUUUGUGAACGAUGUUGGAUACGAAAGCCAGAUAGAGCUCAUCAUUGUAGGCAAUUAAAUUGCUGUGUAUUGAGAAUGGACCAUUUUUGCCCUUGGUUCAAUAAUUGUAUUGGAUUUUACAAUCACAAAUACUUUUUCCUCUUUUUGGUUUGGAUUUCUAUUGGUGGACUUUUUGCUGUUCUUACCAUGUCAAAAACUCUUUUUAAUGCUCUCAAACUUCAAGGAACUGCUAAAUAUGCAGUCAUUUCCAUUUUACAGCUUAAUCAAAUUUGGAUUUAUAUCAUUAGCUUUUGUUUUGGAUUUGCCAUGUUGUUCUUUGCAGGGUAUCACCUUAAAUUGAUUCUAUUCAACACUACUACCAUAGAAUCCAUGGAAAAGGAGAGAAGACUCUAUGAUCAGCACAAAUGUCAUCCAUAUGACAUUGGAGUGCUGAAUAAUGUAAAAUCUAUUCUCGGUAACAAUCCUCUGCUCUGGCUGUCACCCUUCCAUGUGGAAUAUAGUGGAGAUGGAUGUCAUUUUCCAAUUCAUACUUAUGAAUUGGUACCAAAUCGUCAUGCAGAUCAGAAUGAUGCUGCUGUGACAGCAGACACUUUGUAA